GAGGUGAGGUUGACGGACCUAUUUCAGCAGCCAUGGGGAAUUGAGUAGCUUCAGGCAGCUCAGAGUAGUAAUACGUGCUCGAGCAGGGCUUUCAGAUACAAAAAAGAACAAAGAAGAUCAAUCACAGGCGAUUACGCAGCGCAGGUCUACAAAGGCGAUGGUGAACAGCGACGGAGAUGGAUUUGUUUGGGAGGAAAGAAGAUGACGAUGAGCCCAACUUAAUCUGUUGGUGCUCAGAUCUACUGCGAACAGCUGGGUCGCAGUACAUCUCAGCACUAAGAAGUGUUUUGUCAUUGUGCACUGGUCUCUGCUACUCCAACACGACUCAGUUCACCAUGGAGCAACUGUUCAGACAGUCGGCGGCGGCGCAGAACAAGCCGGUCGAGCACCGGCUGGCGCAGUACACGGACGACCGGCGGAUCCGCUGCGUGGCCUGCGGGCUGAUGAUCGGGAGCAGCGAGCAGCAGUGGAAUAUGCACAUCGCGACGCCGACGCACAAGAGCAGCGAGAAGAAGUGGGAUGAGACGCAGAGAACAAAGGCGAAGAGGCAGCUGGAGCGGAGCAGCAGCGAGAACGGACAGGCGAAGAGAGUCAAGAAUGGAGGAAAAGAGGAGGAGAAGGAGAGAGAGUCUGGCGACGGCACGAGCGCGCCUGAUCUGGACGCUGAAUGGGCUGCGUUCCAGAAGGAUAUUGCGGAAUCAGACGCUGCUGCCUGGGGAAACGAGAGCAGUAGGGGUGGUGCUGGUUCACGACAGCCUACAAACAUUGCUGCUGGCGCUGGAGUGAUCGAACAAGCUCCAGAGAUCUACGGCGGGCAGGGGUCAAUUACUGAUCCGACGACGGAGGUUGAGGAAAAGCAGGAGCGCAGACGUGUUGACGACCGGGAGGUGCUGCAGGAUGCAUUGCUGGAGGAGUUUGAGGAGCAGAAGGAGCUGGAGGAGAGGGUGCAGAAGUUGAAGGAUAAGUGGAAGGAGGUGCGGAUGAAUGCGCCGGGGAGGAGUAGUAAAGAGGAGGAAGAAAAAGAGGAAGAAGAAGAAGAAGAUGAUGAUGAUGAUGAUGAAGAUGAUGAAGACGACGACCUCUCUCUAUUCAUCAAAAAGCGGUGAAUCAAAGAAAUACAAUAACAAGUGAAAUCCACGUUAAAGUAAACAUUGCCCGAAUUGGGACAACCCCCAAGCCGCUC